AUGAAGAGAAUAUUUAGCUCGGGACGUCUGACACGUCUUCGCGAUUUAUUGAAAGAUAGAAAUUUGCAAGGAUAUAUACUGCCAACAGAAGACGAACAUUUUAAUGAGUAUGUGGGCAAUGCAGAUAGGCGUUGUGCAUUCAUCUCUGGAUUUACAGGUUCUUCCUGCUCUAUUGUUAUCACUUUAGAUCAAGCUGCUUUAUGGACUGAUGGUCGAUAUCAGCUACAGGCUUCCAAUGAACUAGACGAAAAUUGGUCAUUAUUUAGAAAUGACUUAACUGAAGCGCCUACAAGAGCCCAAUGGAUUGUUUCGUCAACUUCACCUGGUUCGUCUAUUGGAUAUGAUGGUAGACAAAUACCUUAUACGGGAAUCGAAACAUUACAAAAAGAAUUGGCUGGUGUUGAAGCUGAAUUAGGUAUUCUACCAAAUUGUAACGGAAUUAAAAAUCCUCUCAGUCGACAGUUAGUUAAUAUACCAAACACAAAUUUGAUUGAUCUGGUUUGGGAGUCUAUGUCUGAAUUACAAAUUGAAAAUGUUUCUCGUCCUAUUCGUUCAUCAAAUCCACUGUUAUUUAUUCCAGUCUCAUUUUCUGGUUCAAGUUGGCAGCAAAAAAUUGAUCGUGUUAGAAAUAUGAUGAAAGCAAAAGGGGCUGAAUUACUGGUUUUAUCUGCAUUGGAUGAGAUUGCAUGGUUAUUCAAUUUACGUGGAAAUGAUAUACUUUAUAAUCCAGUGUUUUAUGCAUAUGCUAUUGUGAGCUUGAAUAAAAUAGACUUAUUUUUGAAUCCGAAAACUGUUGAUCAAACACCUAGGCUUGAUGAUUACUUGAGCGAUAAACAGUAUUUAGUAAAAAUUCAUCCAUAUUCUGAAUUUUUCAACCACUUGGAAACUGUUGUUCAUAAUUCACCGGAAAAACAUUUAUCAUUGCAACCGUCACGUGUAUGGUUCGAUAUAUCUGCUAGUUAUGCAAUUGUUACAAAAAUACCAGAAAAUCGACGUCUAUUUCAUAUCUCACCUGUUGCUGAAAUGAAAUCUAUCAAAUCUUUAUCAGAAUUAAAUGGAAUUCGUGAAAUUCACAUCACUGAUUCAUUAGUAUUAUGCGAUUUUUUGGCUUGGUUAGAAGAUGAAGCUAAUCAAAUUAAUAACAACAGCUGUUGUAAGCAGUCACAUGAUUACAAACCAAUAAAACCAAAUACAGAAAAUGGUGCAGGUCUACCGGUAAUAACACCACCACUUGUUUUAACUGAAGCAUCAACUGCUCAAUAUUUAGAUGAAUUACGGUCACAAGCUAAAGAUUUUUUCAGCUUAAGCUUCAGCACGAUAUCUUGCGCUGACGCAAAUGGAGCUAUUAUACACUAUCAUCCUGUUGAAGGUCAAAGUGCACCUAUUACAAAUACAAGUAUAUACCUUGUUGAUUCUGGUGGUCAAUACUUGACGGGCACAACGGAUGUCACGCGUACAAUCCAUUUAGGUGAACCAACAUUAGAACAGAAGAAUUGUUAUACAACUGUCUUAAAAGCACAUAUUGCACUUGCUAUGCAAAUUUUUCCAUCGAAUACUCCGGGUUCAAGACUUGAUAUUAUAUCUCGUCGAAUAAUGUGGCAAUUUCAUGGUAAUUAUGCUCAUGGAACAGGACAUGGUGUUGGUGCAUUUCUCAAUGUACAUGAAGGUCCUAUUGGGUUGUCUGGUAGUCGAAUUAACGCAUACUCUCGUUUGGGUAUAGUAGAACCAGGCUUACAAGAAAAUAUGAUUGUUACCAUUGAACCUGGUUAUUAUUGGAGUGAUCACUUUGGAAUACGGUUAGAAAAUGUAGUAUUUGUUGUACCUGUUGAAACAAAAGAUUUGCACAGUAGUGACAGGAAUAAUUAUACAGCUGAAACCUCUACUGGUCACCGAUCUUUUCAAUUUUCACCAGACAUUAACAAUACUAAAUGGCUCAGUUUUGAACCAGUCACUUUAGUUCCAUUUCAACGUAAAUUUAUCAAUUCUGGUAUGUUGACUACAGAUGAAUUAAAUUGGUUAGAUAAUUAUCAUAAAACAAUUCGUCAAGUUUUAUGUAGUCGUAUUUACCAAGAAGUGAAUAUCCAGUUGUCAAUUAACAAUGGAAAUGAUGACCAUGAGAUCAUGUUAUCAAAUAUGUCAAUGUUAUCGUCUAGUCGUCAACGUUGUUUACAAUGGAUAUUAAACCAAACAGAAUCAUUUUUGUAAUCUGAUGAAUUAUAUAGGUACAUGAUUUAGACUUUUCAAGGCUUUGCUGUAUUAUUUGUGAAAUUUUUACUAUAAAAAUAUUAAACUCACUUUUAUAUUCGUAAUGACUAAACAUUCAUAAUGGUGAUGCCAAUGUGAAACGAUGUGAUCUGCGUAUUUACAUUGUCUAACCUGUUGUUUUGU